AUGCGCGCGGCCACGGCAAGUGACAGCCAUUCCACGAAUCAUCAUGCGUGCCUGCGUUCUUCUUCUUUUCGUCGUCGCUGCGGUGACUCUGAUGUAGAUGAUGUUGUAAACCUCCGCGUGGAAAACGUCACUGAAGAAAAGGAGUGCCUGGGGGAGUGCGUGAUGGAGCAGCUGGGCAUGUGGAAGGACGGCAAGUACGUGGCGACCUCUUUCGGGCUGCGCGUCAAGCUGUUGAAGCUGCUGCACGCGGCCGACCCGGCCAAAGUGGCGGAUGUGGAGCGGCUCGUGCACCACUGCAGCCACUACAGCGAGACUCACGCUGGGGGCAGAAAAUGCAACGUUUUCCGCCACGGUGUGAGCUGCGUUUUGGGAAAGGUCCAGUGAUCAAUAACACGAAACGAAAUUAUGAAGAUGAGUCUCGUUCCAGACCUAUCGAAGGCCGACCUGCCACAACACGAUCACGUCGACUACUCUCAGAUUUAAUGACGGUGACUUCUGGUGUACGACUUGCUGGGACUUGGUUGUCCAAUCAGGAGCUCCGUUACUAAAAAUUAAGUCGUACCAAAGCUCCCGAUUGGAUAACCGCGUCCAGCGGAUCAAACGUCGGAAGUCGCCACAAUGAAAUCGGAGCGCACUCACGAAAACUACUCAUCUGAAAUCGAUAACUCCACAAAAAUACUCAGAGAGUUGGUUCUAUAGAAUAUAUGAUUGAUUAAUAUCAUACAAUGGAUCUUGUUGCUAUAAGGAAAACAUGACCCACUCUUGAUAAUAAUAAAUUGUUACAGCUGUAAACACAAAUAUAUUUUACUAAAGUGUUGUAGUAAAAUACAAUAUAUUCAUUAUGAUGAAUUUUCAAAAGAAUGCCUUUUAUUGGUACAAAAGAACAAAAAGAAAAAAAUGGUGUUCUUAUUACUUGUAACUUCGUUAAUGAACGAGUAUAUUCUAAUCGUAAUAACAUUGUUGAAACAUUUCCUUUAUGAUUCCUUGAUAAAUAAAAUACAAAACUAAUUCUCAACUUUUGUCUAAUCUAAAGCACACGAGAAGACGAACAUGUUACCUUCACAGUUAGUCCAGACAC